AUGCCGGUGCGUGCAGAUGCAAGCUCCGGAAUGGUGCUUCUUACCGGAAACUCACAUCCGGAGUUGGCCAAAAUGGUGUCGGAACGACUCGAGAUUCGUCUUGGAGAGGCCACGGUCUACAAUAAGACUAACAGAGAAACUUCCGUCGACAUCAAGCAGUCUGUCCGUGGCAAACAUGUAUUCAUUCUUCAAAGCGGGUCAAAGAACGUCAACAACGACGUCAUGGAGCUUCUCGUGCUCAUUUAUGCUUGCAAGACCUCCAUGUCGAAGACUAUUACCGUCAUCAUGCCCUACUUGCCGUACUCCAAACAGUGCAGAAUGCUUCGCCGCUCGUCUAUCGCGAUGAAACUUGUCGCUGAGAUGAUCUGCAAAGCUGGUGCCAGCCGCUUGGUGUCGUUGGAUUUGUACAAAAAGGAGAUUCAGGGAUUCUUCUCGUGCCCAGUGGACAAUCUCCGUGCCUCGCCAUUCUUCCUUCAACACAUCAAGACAAAUAUCCCGGAUUACAAGAAUGCCAUCAUCGUCGCCAAGUCUCCAGGAGUCAUGAACAAAGCCACGUCCUACGCGGAUCGCCUUCGCCUUGGUGUGGCUGUGAUUCACGGAGAGCAAAAGGACGAGGAGGAGUCAGGUCUUGAGGAUGGACGACAAUCGCCACCACCGAAUGUCACUUCGUACGAUUUCUUGCCAGCUCAGGAGUCGAAGCAGAAGCCACCACUCACGGUGGUCGGUGAUGUUGGAGGACGUAUUGCUAUCAUGGUGGAUGACAUUAUUGAUGACGCCCAAUCCUUCGUUGCUGCCGCUGAAGUGCUCAAGGCUCGCGGAGCCUACAAAAUCUAUGUGAUUGCAACCCACGGAGUUCUCUCAUCCAUGCCCCCGCUCUUCUCGAAGCCUCCCCGAUCACAGAGUUUCUCCCCCGAAACGAUUCGGAAACGAAAGCCAACAUUGUUCCAGGUCAUCGUGACCAACACCGUGCCACACGACCUCCAAAAGAUGAGAUGCCACAAGAUCAAGACCGUCGAUGUCUCGCUGAUGAUCUGCGAAGCCAUCCGUCGCAUCUUCCACAAUGAGUCGAUGGGACAACUCUUCCGUGACGUCACCCUUGAUGACUAA